AUGGCCAAAGAAGAGAUAGUUGAAUCUGAGUCUGAAUUCGAGAUGGCAGCAGUCAAGAGGGAGAAUCCUAUCAUGGAUCUAAAAGUUUUCUCUGUAUCCAUGAAAAUUUUCAUGUGCAAGUGUGGUAUCCGCAUAAUAUUUAUGCACCUGGUUCUUAUAAGGCCACAUCCUGCAAUUUGGUGCUUAGUUCAUGGAAUGGCUGUUGUGUACCUUGUUGCCCUAACAUUUUUGCUUUUCCAGAAUCGUGAUGAUGCUAGGCAGUUUAUGAAAUAUCUCCAUCCUGCUCUGGGAGUUGAAUUACCUGAAAGAUCAUAUGGAGCUGAUUGCCGUAUUUAUGUCCCAGAGAAUCCAAAAAACAGGUUUAUCAAUGUUUAUAAUACAUUAUUUGAUGAGUUUGUUCUUGCUCAUAUUUUUGGAUGGCGGGGUAAGGCAAUAAUGAUACGAAACCAGCCCCUUCUGUGGGUGUUGUCAAUUGGCUUCGAAUUGAUGGAGUUUACUUUUCGCCACAUGUUGCCAAAUUUCAAUGAGUGCUGGUGGGACAGUAUUAUUUUGGACAUCUUGAUCUGCAAUUGGUUUGGUGAGACCUUAGUUACUCUCUUGUUACCUGCAAAUGGAUGCGAAAAUAAUUACUUUAGUAAUGGUUGA